UUCUAAUCGAGACAGUUUUUCAACUAAUAAUUCUAUUUUUUAUUGUGCUGAAAAUAAUCUCACUGGUUUAGAGUUUUUACAAGGACUAUUCAAUGAAAAAUUAGAAAUAAUUAAUUUGGCAAAUAAUAGUAUUAAUGAUCUAUCUUAUUUUAAAAAAUUUAUUGAUUUAAGGCAAGUAUACUUGGAUAACAAUAAGUUUGCCGGUUCCUUAGAACCCCUAAAAUAUCUAGACAAACUAGAAGAAUUAGACAUUUCCAAUACUGACAUUAAUAUUGGACUAGAACAUCUGCCAGAAAGCAUUCAAUGCUUUAACUGUUCUUCUCACCGAUCAGAAAGAAAAGUAAAACUAAUUGAGGCAGAACUCGCUCCUUAUGCUGAUACCGAAGAAGGAAAAUACAAUUUUUCCAACUAUGAAGUUAAAGAAAAAUACUACGAUAACAAAAUAUAUCCUGAAACAUCUCAAAAAAUUGACGAGAAUAAAGUUUUGUCAUCAGAGGAACUGCCAACUAAACUCUAUAGCAUUAAAGAUAACAAACUAGUAAAAGAAAAUUCAGACAUAAAAAAUUACGCUAUUCUCUCUUAUGUGUGGGGUGAUAAUAGCGAUAAAAAUAAGUUACUAGAAGAAGAGAAAGAUAAAUUAGACACUUUAUGA